AUGUCGGUCCCGUCGUACGCCGGCCUCUCUGGCCCCUGGCUGAUGAGGGCCAUCACGGCUUGUGCUACCAUGGGGUUCUUGCUUUUCGGUUAUGAUCAGGGUGUCAUGAGCGGAAUUAUUGAUGCGAGACCGUUUGGCGAAGUUUUCACGCAAGUUCAAGGCGAUUCGACUAUUCAGGGUGUCGUCACGGCUAUUUACGAAUUGGGAUGUCUCGUUGGUGCUCUGUUCAUCCUCGGUGCUGGUGACUGGCUGGGUCGUCGUUAUUCCAUCAUAAUUGGCGCUGCGAUCAUGAUUAUCGGUGUUGUUCUUCAGGUCUCUUCCGUUAAAGGCCAGGUUCCCAUCGCUCAGUUCUGUGUUGGACGUGUCGUGACGGGCAUUGGCAACGGCAUGAAUACCUCCACCAUCCCGACCUAUCAAGCUGAAUGCUCCAAGUCACACAACCGUGGUCUGCUCAUCUGUAUUGAGGGAAGCACCGUCGCUAUUGGCACGGUCAUCUCCUACUGGGUUGAUUUUGGUUGCAUGUACGGCUCGGAUGAUCUCACCUGGCGUUUCCCCAUUGCCUUCCAAUGUCUCUUCGGCUUUAUCAUCAUCUUUGGUCUCAUGUUCUUGCCGGAAUCUCCCCGGUGGCUCUUCGCUCGUGAUCGCUACGAAGAGGGUGAAUAUGUGAUUGCCGCAUUGGUCGGUCAGGAAAUCAACCACCACGACGUCCAGAUGCAAAAGACUCUUAUCUUGGACUCUCUGCGAGUUUCUGGUCAGACCACUGGCAAGUCCACUCCCAUGUCUGCUGUAUUCACUGGAGGCAAGACUCAGCAUUUCCGCCGCAUGCUUCUCGGUUCUUCCACCCAGUUCUUCCAGCAGAUUGGUGGCUGCAAUGCUGUCAUCUAUUACCUUCCUGUCCUGUUCGAACAGUCCGUCGGCCAGAGCCACCUCAUGUCCAUGAUUCUGGGUGGUGUCAAUAUGAUUGUCUACGCUAUCUUUGCCUGUAGUUCCUGGUACCUGGUGGAACGUGUUGGUCGCCGCAAUCUGUUCCUGAUCGGUUCGAUCGGCCAGUGUCUGUCCAUGGUUAUUACCUUUGCCUGUUUGAUUCCAGGAGACCCUGAGCCUGCCAAGGGUGCUGCCUUUGGUUUGUUCGCCUUCAUCGCCACUUUUGGAGCGACCUGGUUGCCUCUGCCCUGGUUGUACCCGGCUGAGAUCUCCCCUAUCAAGACCCGUGCGAAGGCCAAUGCCCUGUCCACCUGCACCAACUGGACCUUCAACUUCUUGAUUGUCAUGGUCACCCCCAUCAUGGUCCGCGACAUUAAGUGGGGCACCUACCUUUUCUUCGCUGUUCUCAACGGCCUGUUCGUUCCAAUCAUCUGGUUCUUCUACCCCGAAACGGCUGGUCGCUCUCUGGAAGAGAUUGACCUUAUCUUCGCCAAGGGCUUCGUCGAGGGCAUUUCAUACGUCCGCGCUGCCGAGGAGCUCCCCAGACUGUCGGACGAAGAAAUCGAACGCGUCGCUGCUCAGUACGGUCUCGGUGUGGAUGUGGAGGCACCUGCUAAAGGCACCUCUGAGUCUGCCUCGCAGGAGGAGCAGGUCGAGAAGACCGGCUAA